AGUUUGGCUCAUGUUUUUCCUUUGGUUUUUUAAGAGUAUCGUAUAGAGAAAAAAUUCAAUUAUCUGUGUCUUAACCUCAGAACCAACCGGAAGCUGGCUUAUAGAGGAUUUUUUUCUCAUCUUUUCCGAUCCGGGCCCUACACUACGUCCAACCAUGAAAAGAAAAGAGUCACAACAACAAGCGAGGACCGGAGGAGACGAAUCUAAUCUGUAUACGAAAACCUGACUGCCGUCAACCCUCGGUGUGCUAGCCACCUAAAAAAAAGAUGGAAACUUUCUCCAGAAAUGUGCUGUAUAAAUAUGGACCGUCUUUUAACAACCACCACCACGCGAGAUAAACGCUCAUCCACACACUCACGAUAAUCACAAUCUUAAUAUGUAUGCCCACUUUGAGUUAUCUUAACGAGUCUUGAUAAGUCUUCGUAAAAGUGAACGGGGAAAUGAGGAGACGUCGCGCUUUCAUGGUCACCAUGUUUUCUACACAUUUUUGUACGUACUGAAUAAUACUUUGUAAAAAAGUAUGCUUGCUUGGAUUAGCAUAAAUUAGAUUAUUGAGAGCAAGAUCAUGGUAGUUCGUCACCUCUUUUUCACAUAUGGCGACCCAGUCAAACGGCAAUCGUUACAUUUGUCACCUCAAGUUGUACGUAAACAGCGUUUGUAUGUAUGUAGUUGGAUUCAAUUAUUAAAUCAUAAGUAAAUGUUUGUUAUAUGCAGGAUAUCAUAUUUAGUUACGUAACAUCAUUUCAGCAAGACUGGAACCAUUUCAUAAUGUCGAUUGUUGUUGCCCAACUUCACCCCCAUGUCCUGAAGCCGGAAGGAUGACAACUAUCAUAAUGAACGCGUGCUUUUGCACUGCACCGGCACAACCCAUGCAUAAUAUCCAUCCACUCGACUUUCUCUCACCCACACACACACAAUUACUUACAGUCUCAUCGUGUGUUCUCCUCCUGCUACUUAUUUUAGCAGAUGAACUGCAACUCUUGUUCCGUGGGCCCUGCAGACUUGGUUGGCUGUGGAGAUACGUCCUUUCUAGGUACGUACUUUCAUAUGAGGACGCAGAGUGAGGACGGCGAGGCUCUCACCUGCUCAACAACUCUCAACUUUCUCCAUCCUCCGCUCUCUCCGUGCUUAAGUUUGAUCUGCUAAAACGAGGAGAGUGAGACGACUCUGGUUGAGAUUCUCAUCCCCAAACCUCAGUCAUCAUCAGUCUGGAACACACCACUUUUACAGUCUGCUUAUCAUAAUGUGUCGCGGGUUAUCAACAAAUUUCAACAAUUGUAAAUUGAAAUACUACAUCUCACUCAAUAGUUAGUGUCUCACUCAGUUGUUCUACAUAAUUGUAACGGGGGUUGUAAAGUAGUCGUCCCGGCUUAUACGUUUUGCUGAAGGAUGAAAAUCUUGAUCUGUGCUCACCUUACGUUUUUAUAUUUUUUGUGGGUUGACGACAUGGCCGUGGCGACACAGGGAGGCGGAGAAGGGAGUAAUGAUCUCCUGUUCAAAAACAUUACUCAAAUAUUGGACUUAUUACUUAAGGAUUACGACAACUCGCAGCAUCCCAACUAUCAAGAGGGGAGACCGACCACAAUUAGGACAAAUAUUCUUAUAAAGUCGAUGGGGCCUAUUUCAGAGCUAGAUAUGGACUACUCAAUGGAUUGUUACUUUCGUCAGUCGUGGCGUGACCCUCGGCUCAGUUUUCGUGGUCCAGUGGACAAGCUGAGCCUGAACAUUAAGAUGUUGGAGAGGCUCUGGCGACCAGAUACUUACUUUCACAAUGGGAAGAACUCGUACGUGCAUACCAUCACCGUUCCUAACAAGCUGCUCCGCAUAAGUCAGGAAGGAGACAUUCUUUACUCCAUGAGGUUGACCAUUAAGGCGAAAUGUCCAAUGUGCUUGAGGAACUUUCCAAUGGACACGCAAUCUUGUCCUCUAAUUAUUGGCAGUUAUGCCUACACUUCUCAGCAUAUUGUUUACCACUGGGACAAGUCAGGGGUUGCAUUUGUCGCUGGGAUGACGCUGUCCCAAUUUGACCUGACUAGUUCUCCAUAUCAAAAUCUAACUCUGAUCAGGAAAGAGGGAAAGACCAAUUUACCUCCGGGGUUGUAUUCCGUGCUUCAAGUAAACUUCAACCUGGAACGACAUGCAGGAUACUUUUUGAUACAAGUGUAUGUCCCCUGUGUCCUGAUUGUGGUCCUUUCCUGGGUAUCAUUUUGGAUCAACAGGGAAGCCACAAGUGACCGGGUGGGACUGGGAAUCACAGCCGUUCUGACCCUCUCAACAAUCUCUCUCGACUCGCGAACUGAUUUACCCAAAGUUCAUUACGCAACUGCCUUGGACUGGUUUCUGCUGGCAUGCUUUGGAUAUUGUAUGGCCACAUUGUUGGAGUUUUCGGGAGUUCAUUACUUCACAAAGAUUGGAAGCGGGGAGACGUUGGGGUUGGACGAGGAGGACGAAUGGGACGUCGAUGAAGACGACGAUGAAGAGUGGACCAUAUCUCACAAGGUGCCAGAGGUCAACUGUUCGGUCGUUUACAAUGUUCAGGAAUCCGUGCAAGAUGGACACUUUGGGUGGCGGGGAAAUCCCAUCGAAGUGUACGAGACGACACCCUCGAAAAGCAUGGAGUCAAAGGAAACUCAAACGGAGAGGAAAAUGUCCUGUUUCCGGCAAUUUCUUCGCUGUGUGGUUGCUGAUCUCGAAUUCCGCAGGGAAAGAAUGAGAGCCUCGAUUGCCGAAAGCUCAACAAACUCAGUGUCCAAAAUUGACCGGAUUUCUAGGGUCUUGUUCCCAGUUUCUUUCACAAUGUUGAACAUUUUCUACUGGGUGAUGUACUACCACAUUAGUGACGAGUGUCCGAGAAAUAGGGCAAAUUUUGAUUCGAGGCUGUGACAACUUUUUCAUUUGUUACGUAUAUCUUUUAAUAAAACAAAAUCAAAAUUCGAGUGGAUGGAAAUGCUUAAUAAUUAUAGUGUGUUUAAAUCCUUAUUAAAUUUGUAACGUUAAUUGCACUCUUACAAAUAUGUAAAUAUAACAUCGGAAGAUAAUUACAACUGUGUUACGCAAGUUUGCUCUGUAAACCAUGAUUUAUUUUGUGGACAAUUAAUUUACAAAGAAUUAUAACUGCUUUGCCGUUGUUUCAAUAUGAUUGGGAACAUUCUAAAUUUAAAGCAUUGUAACAAUUGUCAAUUAAAUAAGAGUUCAAUAAAAUAUUUGUAAAUCAAUGAAAUCCAUUUGUAAAUA